AUAGAGAUUAGAAAAUUAUUACGUUACCAACUCCUUCAAUAGGAGGAAGGACGGUUGCAAGCGAGGAAGAAGGCGAGAAUGGCACUGGAUGGUUGCUGCAAUGGAGAUGACUUCACUGUUGGGUCCUUCUUCUCCAUCAAGACAACCUUGGGCGAUGAAUUCCAAGGACAAGUCAUUACUUUUGAUGCCCAUUCCAACAUCCUCAUCCUUCAAGAGGGUUCAAAGUCAGGACCUCGUAGAAACAUAAGGCUGCUGAAGGCUAAUUAUAUUAAGGAGUUUUCAUUUUUGGGACAUGGUGAAGAUCCUAUUGACCUCAAGAAGUGUUACUUGGAUAUCAAUACUCUCCGGGCUCGAGAGGAACUGGCCAUUAGGCAAGCUGAGACAGAGGCGGAGAGGAUAGGAGUGGGUGUGACCAGCGAGGCCCAGAGUAUUUUUGACGCCUUAUCUAAAACGCUUCCUGUGCGUUGGGACAAGUCUGUCAUUGUUGUAAUGAAUGAAGUACGUGUAAGCAAUCCCUAUCUACCAGAAUCUGUUACUGGAGGCACUCCUGCUGCCAAUGACCGGGUGAAGAAAGUGCUUGAACUGGAGAGGAAGCGGUUGCAAGUUCGUGGCGGUGGUCAGUGAUGGUUAUUCAUCCCUCUUCUUCUUGGUGACAGGCAAUUGCCUUAACUUAGUCCUUUUCUAAUGGGGGAACGUAAAAUCUCUUAAGGCAUCUCAGUGUCAGCAAUCAUGAAGGAAUUUCGUGUUCAAGUGGUACCCAAUCUGCUGCCGAAAUUGUAUGGUUAUUGGACUCCUGGUUGUUGAUUUUCUCCUGUUUAUGAACUGCACUGGAGGCGCCCUGGCAAAGUUUUUUGUGGGUCCAUAUUUUUAUGUUUUCCAAGAUUUGCUCUGUUGCAAUGUAUUCAAUUUGCAAUGAGCAAACUAGACGUUAUGACUGUCCACCUCUUAUUGAAUCAUAAUGUGGAAAAACUAACCCUGAUGUAUUUGGAAAAUUGAAAGAAUAGGUUUCUUCUCAUGUUUCA